CCGUGGCGGGACCCGGAAGUACUUAAGGGUCUCGGCUGGGAAGCGGCGGACGCGGCUGACUGGGUCGUGUGUUGACGAUUUUCCGCGUUCGCUGGUCCUGCCGCCGCCACCGCCGCCAUGGGGAAGAGACAGCACCAGAAAGACAAGAUGUACAUUACCUGUGCUGAAUACACUAACUUCUAUGGUGGCAAGAAACCAGAUAUCCCACAAACAAAUUUUCGUCGUUUACCUUUUGACCACUGCAGUCUUUCUCUGCAGCCCUUCAGCUACCCGGUCUGCACCCCUGAAGGCGUCGUCUUUGACUUGCUCAACAUCAUUCCUUGGCUUAAGAAGUACGGGACCAACCCCAGCAACGGCGAGAAACUGGACAUGCGGUCCCUGAUCAAACUGAAUUUUGCAAAGAACAGUGAAGAAAAGUACCACUGUCCAGUGCUGUACACCGUGUUCACCAACAACACCCACAUCGUGGCCAUCAGAACCACCGGCAAUGUCUAUGCCUACGAGGCGGUGGAGCAGCUCAACAUCAAGGCCAAGAACUUCCGAGACCUGCUGACUGACGAGCCCUUCUCCCGGCAGGACAUCAUCACCCUGCAGGACCCGACAAAUUUGGACAAAUUCAACGUCUCCAACUUCUUUCAUGUUAAGAAUAACAUGAAAAUAACAGACCCAGAUGAAGAAAAGGCCAAACAGGACCCAUCUUAUUAUUUGAAAAAUACCAAUGCCGAGACCCGAGAGACACUGCAGGAGCUCUACAAGGAGUUCAAGGGGGAUGAGGUGCUGGCGGCCACCAUGAAAGUCCCAGAGAAGAAGAAGGUGGACAAGCUGAAUGCGGCCCACUAUUCCACUGGGAAGGUUAGCGCCUCCUUCACCUCCACUGCCAUGGUUCCAGAGACCAUCCACGAAGCAGCCGCCAUUGACGAGGACGUGCUGCGCUACCAGUUUGUGAAGAAGAAGGGCUACGUGCGGCUGCACACCAACAGGGGCGACCUCAACCUGGAGCUGCACUGCGACAUGACACCAAAAACCUGCGAAAACUUCAUCAAGCUCUGCAAGAAGCAGUAUUACGAUGGCACCAUCUUCCACAGGUCCAUCAGGAAUUUCGUGAUCCAGGGAGGUGACCCCACUGGCACAGGCACAGGCGGCGAGUCUUACUGGGGGAAACCCUUCAGAGACGAGUUCCGGCCCAACCUCUCGCACACGGGCCGGGGCGUGCUCAGCAUGGCCAACUCGGGGCCCAACACCAACAAGUCCCAGUUCUUCAUCACCUUCCGCUCCUGCGCUUACCUCGACAAGAAGCACACCAUCUUCGGGCGGGUUGUUGGGGGCUUUGACACACUAACAGCCAUGGAGAAUGUGGAGAGUGACCCGAAGACUGACCGCCCUAAGGAGGAGAUCCGCAUCGACUCCACCACGGUGUUUGUGGACCCCUACGAGGAGGCCGAUGUUCAGAUCGCCGAGGAGCGGAAGAAGACACAGCUCGCAGAGGCCACCCCCGAAGCCACAGUGAAGAAAAGCCAGCCCAAGCCUGGGAGCCAGGGCCCCCCCACGUUCCGCCAGGGGGUGGGCAAGUACAUCAACCCGGCAGCCACGAAACGUGCAGCCGAUGAGGAACCAUCAACCAGCGCAGCCGUCCCUGCGGCCAAGAAGAAGCCCAGCGGGGGCUUCAAGGACUUCAGCUCGUGGUAGCAGGCCUGCCGCUUGGACCCAGCCUGUGCCUGCCCGGCUUCCCCUCUCCUGACCUGACACUACCUCAGCUCCCCGCAAGUGCCUGCAGAAGCAGGACCGCUGCUGCCUCCUGGAGCCGUCGCCUCUGCCUGGGCUCUGCAAGGUCCCUGUCCCCUCACACUCCUCAGUGCCGACGUCCUCGGGUCUGCACAGCCCACCACCUCCCGCUCAGCACGCUGGAGCUCUAACUCCCAUUCUUGGUUUCUCACCCCAAACCUCAAUUCCACCAGUAAGUCUCAACGGCUCUUACUUCAGAACGCACCCUGGCUCCCUCUGCGGUCUUCCCUGCCGGCAGCUGUCCCACUCCUCUGCACCUUCAGUCACAGUGGUCCCUCGCUGCUUCUCGACCCCUUUACACCACCCUCCGAGCUACAGACAUCUGCGAACUCACUUGAGAAAGGCUGCACCAGCAUGGACUCCGAGAGCCUGGCAGACCCAGGAGGUGGCAGCGGGCAGGUGGGUGUGUGGCAGGCAGCAAGGACCCGGGCUGCCUCUGGAGGAGACCCUGUGCUCUCGUGUCAGUGGCGUGGCCCCAGGGCCUGUCCCUCAGCACCUGCUACUGCAAAGGACACACUGGACAUGGAAGCUUUAUUUCCGAAUGUCACACAGACAGGCUGAGGUAGGCUGUGUGCUCGCCAUGGCGGUCCAGCUCCGAGGGGACCUCCGGGUGUGGCCGGGCUGCGCCCCACAGAGCAGGACCUCCCCCCCCCACCCCCCCGUCGGCCCAGAGCCUUUGACAAACAAGGUUUAGAUCUGUAGGCUGUUUUGGAGCUUAUAGUUUUCCAGAAAUUAAAAGCACUUAGAUUUUUUUUAAUACCUGGUGAGGUCACCAGGUAAAUUAAAGGACUUUUGAAAAAUUCCCAUUUUUGAUCCUUGCUAAUAUCUGACAGAUGCCGUCAAGAAUAAGUGUUAAGGUAUAAAAAUAUUAUAUAUGUUUAUAUAAAAUGGCAACAAGACUAAACUACGAUUCUAAAGCAAAUGUGCUGAGCCUGAGGACUCGGCAAGUCUUAAGUUAAAUGCAUUUAUAAUCCUGGCAUCACCUCCCACUCGGGGAAAAAUAAAUAAAUAAAAGUUGGGUUGACAUUUACUGCUGAAGCAUUUGAGAGGAUGGAACAUACCAGCACGUAGUUGUGGCUCGUGGAUGUCCUUCCUGGAAGCCAGCUCCGUUCAUUUGGUUUCAAAAGGAGCUUGGGUUUUGCAGAAGACCAACAAAAAAGUGGUGAGAAUAUUUGUACCAAUUAUAU